CCGAACCUCCUCGACUCUGGGCGGGCCGGGUCAAAGGUUGUUCUUUUCGUCCGUCUCUGUUCGAGUGCGGAACCGAGUGAGACUGGGAGAGGAGUGACUGUACAGCGAACGCACGAGCAUGUUGUCCGCUGCUUUGCACCCCCAUCAUCCUCGGUCUCUGUUAGAAUCGAAACCCAUCACCCACAACCAAGAAGCUGCCUCCCCAGCUGAUAAAGUCAAGCUCAAGACCAUCCCUUCUUCUUUCUUGAUCCAUGGAGCGAACGCCUGCCAUCCUCAGAUACCGAAGCUGCGAGGCAAGUACCGUGGUUCUUUGCCCUCAAGUUCGAAACGUUGCGUCAAGUGCUCCUUCAAUGAGGGAGCUGCAGGCGAAAAUCUCUCGGAUGGAGAUCAGCGGUUGCCGAGCCAGCAGAGCCCAGGGUUUUGGAGCAAAUGGAAGGUCAACUCAGCUGAAAUGAGUUCCAAAUUGGCAAAGCUUGGGCUUGCGGCAGUACUUGCUUAUGGAUUGUUCGAUGGUGUUACAUACACCACCUUCUUCAUUCUUGCAUUCCUUGGCUAUGAGAAGAGCACGGGGAAGAAUCCGGCAGCCAAUCUUCAGGCGUUACUAGGGAUUGUCAUAUUGAUGUGGACUGGUAACAAUGUGACGAGGCCAUUUCGAGUCGCUGGGGCGGCUGCGCUGGCACCUGUAAUUGAUGAAGGACUGAAAAAAGUCCAGAAGUAUUUCAAUUUCCCUACCCCUGUGUACGCCUUUGCACUGGUUGUGUCAAUAGUGGUUUCGACAUGUUUGACUAUAGUGGGGUUGCUCAUCCUAUCAAGAUGGGGAAAGUAAGUCACCUUGUACCAAAUGUUGUACAUUGAGUCAAUCUAAUAUAUGCACAUUGUUCUGGGAGAGUUCAUCCUUUGAGAGUGUAUGGGAGGUUGCUCAUUUCUGGG